GUUGAGUGUUGCGCACGCGAUAUGUUCUAACACAGAGUGCAAACUGCGAAUGAGUUUGAGGCGACAGGUCCAACAUCGCAAUUUAACAAGAUUGCGGUACCGCGAAAAACGAACAUUGACAACAAGAGGCGUAUGCAGUACAGACGUUGGUGGGACAGCGAUCCUGAGUUCCGUCAAAUGAUCGUCAACAAGUUGGAUUCUGCUGAUCCCACGGAUUCUGCUUCAAAUACUCAGAGAAGCAGUUCACAGUUGCCAGCGGUUGACAUUCGAGAUGGUACAGUGUACAAGCAAAUUAUUCAUAAUUCUUGCCUUGAUAGAAGUGAACGUGACACAUCUGAGGAUGAGGAAGUGCCCGUUGGCCGCACCUUACGCAAAAGGAGCAAACGAUCAAUUAAAGAUAUUGGUUUGGAACAGAAAUAAAACAGAUUUUCAUGUAAACUAUGGACCAGAUGGCAUAGCCGAUAAUGUAAUGUAACUCAUAUUCGUUCAGUUUUUAGCCUUAUGGUUUCUUUUGCACUUGUCGUGUGCAUCCCGAAAAUGUUUUAAUUAAUCUGUCUAGUCCACUAAAUAAUUUGUGGAGUUGUAAAAGUAAUUUUCAUUUGUAAGACAUAGUACCAAAGAAUUUGUGUAUAAAGCACUAGAAAUGAGGUUCGAUUGAAUAUUGUAUUCUAGUCCAAAAAAUGCACGAUAGGCACUGAGGGGUGGUACAAAACUAAAUGAAAUCUCGGUAACUUGACAAAGCUGCAUUUUGCAGACAGCAUUACAUGAUGUAUUCGAUAUCUGUGUAAACGUAAGAGUUCCCAUGUAAAGCACACCAUUGCUUUCCGUAAUGUUUCAUUACGUUUGUUGAACGUUUUUUAUCUAGGCAACUAUUACGGUAACCUGAUCUUACAAAAUAUCAACCAGUGCAACUAAGGGAGGUUUCCAAUCUAACAAACUGGAUCUGCAGCAAGUGUAUGCAACUUAU